AUGAAAAAAGUUGACUUGGAGUUCAGUCAAGUCAAGUUAAGUAAACUCUCUAAUCUGAUUGCGACACUGGUAUCUACUUUUCUCUCUUCAAGACGUGUAAAAGGUGUGCACUACGGUGCUGAAGAUUUCCAUGUUACCAAAGACGGGCUAGCAUUCAUCACUUCUGGUCUUAGCUGUAACGCCUCAAGUAGAACUUACCAGGAUUUCAUUCAAGACAACAAGGUCAAAGGCCACAUUUUGCUGUUUGACUUCAAAGAUCCUGAACAAGGGGCCGUCGUGUUGAAGAUAAGACCCACUGACAAGUUCGACGUGAGCAGGUUUAGACCUCACGGCAUCAGAGUCUUGGAGGACAAGGACACAGCCCAACAUAUUCUGUACGUUGUCAACCAUCCAUUGUCCCAGCCGGACAGGGUCGAGAAGUUCAGGUACGACCUAACAACCAAAGAGCUUGUCCACAAGAAGUAUUUUACCAGUGACUUAUUUCGCUUGACCAAUGAUGUGGCGGCUGUGGAAGAAGAUACAUUUUACGUGACCAACUGUCUUUAUUUCAAUGUGUCGUCACUGGCAACGAUGGAGAACCUGCUGAGGUUGCCUCUAGGGUCUGUGGUGUACUAUAACGGCAGCAACUUUGAAACUGCGAUUCCACAAAUUUCAGGACCGAAUGGAAUUUUACUGUCAGAGGACCAGAGUGAACCUGAUUUAGGUAUGACCGGAAGUAAGUUCGUACCUUUACGUGAACUGUCCCCUCUUGAAGCGAGUAUGGAAAGAAAGGGAGACAACAGCCUAGCGCCUGUGCAGACUUUGAAUCUUAGAUCCGCCGUUGACAACUUACAUCUGAGUUCCAGUGGAAAUGGUUUAUUUAUAGGAUCACAUCCCAUCAGUCACAAAAUUAUGGCGCAUUUGGAAGGUCCGAGAACUCGAGCCCCAUCUUCUGUUCUGUACGUGCCGCUGACCUCUGGUGGGAAAAUGACGAGAGAGGAAGACGUCAUCGAACUGUUCAGCGAUCACGGAGAUCUGAUCACAGGCUCCUCCGUGGCCACCGUGUACGACAACAAACUCCUUAUCGGAUCAGUCAUUGAUACAUUGAUUAUCUGUGAAAUGAAUGGCCAGGUUUUACCAGAAGGGACAUAACUGUGCCAAUAUUUAUUUUGCAUUUUCUUUUCAUUGGUUAGUUCCCAUGCAAGAGUACAAAAUUAAAAAGGGAUAACAUAUUGAGAAUAAUUAAUGAUUAGAAUCACUGUAGAUCAUAAAUAUGUAAUUAUUGGGCUACAUUUAUGAAACGUGAGAAGCAUGUUACUCCGUGUCCCAUUAAAUUGUACCAAUUUAACAUCAAAGGGGAAGUAAUUAUUUAAAAAAUUUGAAGUCUUUUAUCACUCACGCUGUGUACGUAUCUCCCCUUGAUAAAGUGAGGUAUCUUGGGAAAUAUUUUCUAUUGGUACUGUUUGAAAGCGCAUGUAAGCUAUGUUAUUUAACCAUGGUGGGAAUUGUGACCUUUACUUAUCUACAGACCAUUUUCUUUUGUGACGAAAAAUAUUGGAAAAACAUUAUAUUCCUUUCUAUACAUUUUCCUAUAACGAAAACUCAAGUCUAAUUAAAACAUUUGUGUGUUAGCCUUCAAAAUGAUCUUUAUAUCCAUUAACUCAAUUUCCUUUAAUUUCUAUAGACCUUCUUUGGG